AUGCGAUGCGCGAGCAAGGCCGCCGAGAGCGCGUCUGCACGUCUCUGCGCUGGUCAUGAAGACACUCGUGUCUUCACAGAGUACGAGCUCGGUGUCUCGUACUCUCCUGAUACGGAUGACGGAUCCGUAUCGACGGCGAUUGAAUCUAAGCCGCCUGCCAAGCGUGGUAUGGACGAUGCUUUGCGUCGCAGCAUCUUUGGUUCAUCUGAUGAAUCAGAUGAACCAUCGCCGAAGCGUAGGCGCUCGAGAUCGCGAGACUCGGGCGCUAACACUGGUGUCGGUUCUCCUAUGGACACCACUUCGCAACGAGGUGCCAGUACUUCUGUCGGCACGUCGCAGGAAGAGCGGGACCGCAAUGUCUUGCGUCUCGCUCCAGAAAAGAAGGCAUGGAUGCCUCCAAAAUCCGUCAUGGAUCACUUGUCGGCGACGACGAGUGCUCGUUAUCGAACACGAUUGUUCGAUUCGUCAAGGAUCCAUCACCUUGACCCCAAAACUAUCGCGCUGAACAUGAAUUCUUCAUCGAUGCUUUCUUCAGACAUCGAUGGUACAGUGGGAACCACGAGCGUGAUGGUCCCUCACUACUUCAAGCGUGGAACGCCUACAUCCAUAACCUUGAGGAUGUAG